AAUUUAAAAAAAUUUCAUAUCUUGCUAAAACCUCGCUCUCCUCGUCCAGUCAGACAGGGCAUGAAACCCUAGGGCGCCCGGCUUCCCUCCGCAAUCCGCCAUUCCGCUCCGCGAUGCAAGCGUCCGCGCGCUUCUCCUCCUCCGCCGCCUUCAGGAAAGUGAUCGCGGGUGUCUCUAGCGCCACCACACGGUCGUGCUACCGGACCUCCCGGUGGAAGGCGCAUGCGGCGCCGCUGCCUGCGCAGGAGCCGCCACUGAAGGGGCAGAAGAGGGCUACAAAGCAGGAGAGGAAGGUUCGGAUAAUGGAAUUUGUUGAGAGUUAUAGGGCAUCAAAUGAAGGCAAGUUUCCUACUAUAAAAAAUAUCCGUCAGCAAAUUGGAGGCGGACAUUACACAGUGUAUGAGGUACUUUCAGAAAUGAAGUAUAAUCAUACAAAAUUACAACUGGGUAAUCCUAAGGCAGCUCCACUUCAAGGAACAGUUGAAGUCACUGAGCACCCCAUGCAAAAGGUUGAAGCCAGAGUGCUUGAAAGUCAAGUUUCUGAGCAGUCCAUGGCCGAGGAUGAUGCUGAAGUGGCUCAACAUCAAGGAACAGUUGAAGUUUCUGAGAACUCCUUACCUAUGAAUAAAGGUAAGGUGGAUCAGUUUCAAGGAACAGAGAGUGAGAGCUUUAAGGACCGAAUGGACAAACCAGACCCUGGAAACCAGCAAAGGGAAAUAGAAGCUAACAAAUUCAAUUUGAAGAAUUCCGAAAAAUCCCUGGAUGCAAAUGCUUCAAAUGCAUCAGAUAAAAGUGGAAGUGACCUGGCAAAUGAGGAAAAGACACAUGCCAGAGAUGACAACCCAAAGCAUGAGGAAUCCGCAAACACGGGUCUUUUGGGCAGUCUGAAAUCUUUUGCUUAUGGCAUCAGAAACUUCUGGAAAAAUAUGUAAAUCUGUUUUUGUUUUUGGCUGCAACCUAACAUGCGUGGAGCUUCCCACGUCCUCAUGGCUUAAUUAAUUUCCCCCUCGUCUUCUGUGGCUUCAUCGAUUUCUAAGACUGGACCAAAUUGAGAAGGCUACAGAAUUGAUAACUUGGCCCUUUGUUAAGCAUUUGCGAUACUGGAUCAACUUGUAAAGUUCUUUUUAUGUCACAGAACCAAUGAUCAAGUUCUUGCUA